CCCGCCGAUGCCUCACACAUGCUUGCGGACAGAGUUGGGGAGAUGACACUUGACCGCAGACAAAUGAAAUGGAUCAAGCCAAUGGAAGAUGAGGAUGAGGAUCCGUUCAGGGAUAUCGAGAGUUUGGUUAGUGAGAGGGAUGUGUCGCCGGAUCGGGAGAGGAAGGAGUUCUUGCCAAUGGAUAGUGUGAUUGAGGAGGACGUGCCGGCUGAUGAAGGGUUGACCACGAAGGAGAAGCUGGAGGCAAGAGAGGUACAGGGUGUAAUUGUGACGCCACACGAGGUGAAGGUUGCGGAGGUUGUACAGGCACAAGAGGUCAUCGAAGUUGAGCAAACUGUGGCACCCGAAGUGAAGGUGGUGGAGGAGAAAAGCGCCGAGGUCACGGAGUUUGUUCCAGCCUCUCAGCCUGAUGAAAGGUCCGAGCAGUGUCAGCAGUGGUCGCCAGUCCGCAGCUCUCCCAUUCGCAACGAGCAAAUGUCCUUCUUGAGCCCCGCUCGGGCCAACAACCAUGUUACCGAGUGGUCUCCCAUCCGUGAACACCCGCAACCAAACGAUGAGCACACUGCCUCGUGGGACAAAUCGAACCUCGAAAGACUGAGCUUCGCGACUCCUCACUACCUCGAGCGUGUCCGCAACAACAUGAUCGAACACAGCUUCCAGUCGCCAAUUCCGCCCACUCCACCGUCGUCGAAGGGAUCCAUUGCGAGGUCGACAUACGCCAAACCUGCACCGAAGCCGAAAUUGGCUGCUAACCCGUUGUUGGCACGUAUGUCACACUUGAAGCUGGAUGAGGGCAAUUCAUCGCUUAUGUCUCUCUCUGCUGUCGACUGUUCUUUUUCCGUCGCUGCUGAGAUGGUGUUGAAGGCUUUGACUGACGUCGAGCCGUUCAAGCCUGACUGGGCGAGUAUCCGGAAGAUCGACCUGUCUGGUCGUGAGUUGGAGAGUCUCAUGACGUUGGAGAAGCAGUGCCCGAAGGUCAAGGAGUUAGAUGUUAGCGAUAAUCAGCUCGGUUAUUUGACGGGCGUUCCGACUGAGGUCAGGGCACUUAAGGCUAGCGGGAACAGGUUGACUGGGUUGACUACAUUCAGUUACUUGAAGGAUCUUCAAUAUCUGGAUGUUGCCAACAAUGAGAUCGAUACAUUGCAUGGGUUUGCUACGUUGUAUCAUGUGCGUGAGCUCAACAUUGACCAGAAUGAGAUCUCCUCUCUGGAUGGGGUUACUCAUUUGGAUGGGCUGUUGAAGCUGAAUGUUCGUAAAAAUGGGCUCAAGGAGGUUCACUUCACCAAGGGUCAGUUUGUGAGGUUGGAGGAGCUAGAUCUCUCCGGCAACGAGAUCACGUCGUUGACUGGGCUGGAGCACCUUCAAAGGCUCAUGUCUUUGAGUUUGGAUGGGAAUCUUAUCAAGGAGCUGAAGGUUGUGUCUCACAUGCGCAGUCUCAGAACACUGAGGAUUAGCGGAAAUGACCUCGAAGCCUUCGACGCGUCAAUGUUCCCUAACUUGAGGACACUGUAUCUCGAUGACAACUGCUUGAGCAAUGUUCACGGAUUGCACGGGUUGAAGUAUCUCGAGAACCUCUCGGUAAGGGAUCAGAGGAGCGAGGGAUUGCAGAUCGAGAUGCGCGAUAUCGACGAUGUACGGAAGCUGUACUUGUCAGGUAACAAGCUUGCCCGGUUUAAUUUCGACAAGGGCUUUUACAACCUUCAGUACCUGGAAGUUGCUGCUACUGGUUUGACUGCAUUGCCUGAAAACUUUUCAAGGAUGGCACCGAAUUUGCGCGUCUUGAACAUCUCAUACAAUGCUAUCAGGGAUAUCUCGGCUCUGCAUGAUCUGCAGAAGCUUAACCGCUUGUUCGCUGUUGGCAACGAACUCGAGCGUGCUGGUGAUGUUUGCAACACUUUGCUCAACCUUCGUCAUCUCCAGGUGCUGGACUUGCGCGGUAACCCUCUAACCCAGGGCUUUUACGCACCAGUUGCCAUGACCUCCACUACCAUCGACCAUCGACAGUUGUACACGCUGGCAGUGAGCAGGUCUGCACAGGAAGAGUGGCAAACUCGAGAUGCAACGUUCAGGAAGCACUUGCCCGCUGAUCUUCAGCUGAAGAGGAAAGCUUAUGAGGGCUUGGUGUACACCUCUGCACCAGGGUUGAAGUGGCUCUGUGGAGCUAUCGUUACAUCCAGAGACAUUGCGGAUGCAGAGAAAGUAUUAUCGUGUUUAGAGACCGAGGCAAGGGCGUGAGACGGGGAAAGUAUGAUUAGCUAAGGGAUACCGUGUGAGUUUCUGAGGUCAAGGCGCUGGCGUCU